AUGUUCGGGUCCAACAACCGUACGUUUCUGCUUCUCGCCCUUGCGCGACACGCUCUUCACUCCAAUCCCCUCUGCUGUUGCUGCGGUUUCGUGAUUUGGGUUUUCUCUUCUCGUGGUCGUUCUGUGUUUCUUCUUGGCUACUUGUCGGCUUCUAUGGGUGGCAAACACUCUGGAGCUCAAUAGGGCAGGCGCUUAUUCGAAUACGGUCGAGUACGCUCUUUCUUUCUGGGGUUUGGAUGUUAUUUGAAUGCCGUCCCGAGUCGCUGCUCGUGGCGUUUCCUCUCAUUCGUUUUGUCGAAAUCGGAAGAUUUUGAAAUACUGAAGCGCAUUGGACAUCCCUCGUUUGUUUUCUGAUUUCAUCCUUUUGGCUGUGGAAGUCUUCUCUUUUGUUUGUUCAUCUCUUUUCGCGAGGGGACUGGUGGGGUUCUAAAACUUUGGUUUUGAUUAGGGCUUUCUCCAACCCAUUCAUAUGCUCUUUCCCACCGUUCCCUUUCUGGUUACGUUUAUGACCUUGCUCUUCUGGCUUAAGCAGCGUUUGGGCAAUCCUCAAGUAGCCCGUUUGGGCAGUCCACAUUAUUCGGGCAAACAAGCAGUGCGACGAGCAAUCCAUUCAGCCCCAGGCCGUUUGGGAGUCCCAGCCCGUUUGGAUCACCUACUGGAAGUUCAAUAUUUGGUAGCACGUCAACUGGCGUCUUUGGGCAGCCAUCAUCGCCGCUGACUUCACCUGCCUUUGGGGCCUCAUCAACGCCAGCUUUUGGGGCUUCAUCAACACCAGCUUUCGGCGCCUCCUCUGCUCCUGCAUUCGGUUCUUCUUCAACUGCCUUUGGAAGUAAGAAUCUCCUGCGCUCCCUCUGCGUUGACUGUUCACUACAAGGCGGCAUGACUCUUAUUUUUUGUUCAGAUGUUGAGAAAAGUCUGUCUCCUCUUUAGUUCUGACACUUCACAUUGAAAAACUUGCUAGCUUUAUUGCCGUAUGACUUUUGUUAAAGGUAGUAUCGUCUACUCCUUAAGUUGAUCUUCUAUGUGGAUGUAUGUAUGUAUUGUAAGGAGUGGUGGUGGUGGUGGUCGAGUCUGUAUGCCCUUGAAAUGUGUACAUCUCGUUCAUAACUUGAUCAGGGAUUCGGUGCUUUGAACGGUUCGAGCUUCCAGACAGUUGCACAGAAUAUGACGAUUGAUGAUUUCGAGACAACAACAAUAGACCUUCGAAUUGUGAAGAUUCUGUGACGAUUCACGAAAAGUCUUUCAUAAUAUCUGUUUGGUUAGACCAAUAUUUGAAUUCGUAUGGAAAACGUUCAAUUCGCACUAGGGUAUCAUAUAUCAACUAUGUAUAUGUAAUCUCAUAGGAUUGGCUAAAUAGUGGCUAUAAUGUGGAGACACAUUGUUUAGAUGACUCUGUAUGACUGGUAUGCUCUCCCUUGUAUGAAUAGCAUUGUAGAAAACUGGUGAAACGUAGGCUAAAAAAUUAAGAGUCACAAAAACCAAAAUGCAAACUUGUUGUAGGUCCCUCUGCCAGCCAAUUCUACAAUUCAGCAAAAUUGGUUAUGAAACACCGUCUCUUUGCUAUCUUCUAUUGGUUCUUCAUCUCUGGGGUAAAAGUUUGAGACUUUGGAACGACUUUUCAAAUCACAAGUCUAAGGCAUUGUAUUUUAAACAUGCAUUUAAAAUUGGCAACCGAUAAAAUUUCUUCUUGCUGUUAGGAUUGAUGAUGGCUUUAAUAUUAUGAGAUAAAGCACGGGUUGAUAUGACAUUCAAGUAGUAAUUGAGAAAUAACAUUUACUUCGUGGGAUGUUCUUAUGUGGCUCUAAGUAAUAAGCCACAUUCUAAGAAUCGAAUUGAUUGGGUAAGUUUGACUAAUAAUCAAACUGCUUGCUCGUUGAAUAUAUUUACCUCUUUGCCUUCCUGAGUGGCCAUAUUAUGAUCUGUAUUGUACCUUACAAUUGUCAAUUGGUUAAUAGUGGUUCUAAACUCCACUCGUCUGUUAUCUAGAACUCCCCUGUAACUGCAAUUUCUCCUUGAAUGAACUCAUUUUAUCCUUUUUUUUUUUAACUAUAGAUAGUCCCUCGUGACAGCAACGAACCUACAUACUGUAAUGUAAAGUUCAGCUUGUAGUUUGUUUUCUGCUGGAAUCCUAAAUGUGCAUGUUAAUGUCUUGUGUCUAUUUUCUAUUUCGCAAUAAAUCGUUCUCAUGAAUAUUUCUAGCGGUUAACCCUCCAUCUGAAUAUAAAAAUCAUACCUCUUGAGCUUUCCAUGUGGGCAACUCUUAUGAGAGCAAAAAAUAAGAGUUUUAAUCAUGUCUUUAUUCUAGAGAACAUAUCUAAGGUUCAGAAUCCAUCCCCGUGUUCUAUGAAAAAAGUUCAUUGGGUUUUUUUUAUCUUAAACUUUUCCAUGAUUUAUUAAGUAUGCCGACUCGGUCCAUCUUUUAUAAGAUCAUCUUUGUCAUCAUCAUCCUCCAAGUCACCAAUUCCAUUGUUCAGGGAUAUAUACUGUUCUUCCAUUCUUCUCUAUCAUAAAUCAUAUUCAGAUUUAGCAUGUAUCACUUUAAUGUCUAUCUAUGUGUCUUUUGGUCUACUUCUAUUUCGUAACGACAAUAAAAAUGAUAAGCAUCGUUUGUACUCUGUCUAAUGGUGCAAAAUUUUACUCCCUCUUGUUCAUGUUUCUCUACUUUCCCUCGAUAUUCACCAGACUGUUUUUAUUCGAACUCCAUUCAUCUUGCUAACGCACUAUUCUGCUCUAUAUUAUGGUCCUGCCAGUCUGAUUACAAUUCUUCAAAACCUCCUCGUCAUUCUAAUGGAAGUAUGGUGAUGUGAAAGUACUCUAAGGGCCCUUCAGUAGUUGGCUAAGCAUUUUGAGAUGCAGCGAAAGUUUAUUUACAUCAUGGUUAUUGAGGCUGCCUCCUCUAGCAUAUUGUCUUCGGAUGACAGAGGGGUCUGGAGCCCUCUGCUCUCGUGGGACUUGUCCUCCUUUUUGCCAUGCUGCAUAUCUUCUUGUUUUUCAGUCCAAAAAUCUGGUUCCCAGGAGACUUGCAAUUUACUUUCACAUGAAUUCACCAAUGUCAUAGAUAAACCCAUUUGGGAUGAGCUCUCAAAGGCUCUUUUUGGGAAUGCAAUUAGAAAUUCUCUGAUUGGGACACUAUUGAGACGUUGAUCAUAGUUCUCGUGGGAUAGACCAAUGUUAUCUGCCAAUGUCAUAGUGGCAUCUGAAACCUAAAUAUAAUUCUUUUUUUUUCCUCCAUAUCUUGUGACUCGUCAAAUUUUCGAAAUUUCGAGUUUGAUAUUAGUAAAUGCUCAGGUAGUUAUCGGAAUCACCCCUUCCAGUGAGUAUUCACGUUAAUAAGACAGGCAGAUGCUUUUGGAUAUUUCAUGUGUAUCCUUUGUGUCAUGUCAUUUUUCAGUAUAUUGAGUUGUGGUGCCAUUUUCCCUCAUUCAGGCUCAUCUAUUUUUGGGGCCAAGCCAACUUUUGGUGGUUUUGGUUCCACUCCCAGCCAAACAAGUCCAUUUGGUGGUACACCUCAGCAAACACAGCCAGCUUUUGGAGGCAGUCUUUUUGGUUCCACUACAACCUUUGGGGCAAGUCAACCUGCAUUUGGUGCAACCAGCACACCGGCAUUUGGUUCCACAACCUCCCCCUCAUUUGGUGCAACUCCAGCAUUAUCAUUUGGAGCCACUAGUACCCCGGCUUUUGGUGCUACAACAACACCUGCAUUUGGUGCUACUAGUACCCCAGCAUUUGGCUCUACAAGUUCUCCACUCUUUGGGAGUACAGGAACAGCGUUUGGAGUUUCAAGUGCCCCAGCCUUUGGUUCCACACCAGCUUUUGGAGCAUCCUCUACCUCAAUUUUUGGACCCUCAAGUACUCCAGCGUUUGGAUCUUCAAGUGUUCCUGCUUUUGGCGCAUCAAGUACACCUAGUUUCGGUUUUACUUCAACACCUGCAUUUGGACAGUCAGCAUCUACGUUUGGUAGCAGUCCAUUUGGAUCAACUUCUCCUUUUGGUGCGCAGAGUUCUCCAUUUGGUAUGGAUUUCUUUCUUUCACCUGGAUAGCAGGAAGCCACUGGCACUUACGAGUUCAAUUUGGAUUGGAAGAAGAUAUUGUCUCAUUAUUUCCUUUCAUUUUUCUAUUUUUUCUUUUUUUAAUACCCUCAAUUUUGAAUGCCUCCCAGGAGCCCAGACAACAACACCCACAUUUGGAACCCCCGGUUUUGGUCAACAAGCAUUUGGAGGUCAGCAAGGUGGGAGUAGGGUAGCAUCAUAUACCCCCACUCCUGAGGUAGAUGGCGGUACUGGUGCACAGGCUACUGGAAAGCUGGAAUCAAUUUCGGCUAUGCCUGUCUAUAAAGACAAGAGCCAUGAGGAGUUGAGAUGGGAGGACUACCAACGCGGAGACAAAGGUCCUUCAAUAGUGCCGUUUUUUUAAGUUUUACUCGCGUAUCUUGCUUUAUGGCUGAUAUGAUUUUAGUUGUUGUUCAUGUUAAAUUGCUACGAGCUCUUUGGCAGUGGAGCUUUUCCAUAGCUCUAACAGGCACAAUUCAUGGAAUAGCAAAAAUAACAGAGAAGCUAAACGUAUCCAUAUCAAACAUAGAAAGUUCCUCCAGCCACUGUCUGUCGGGAAAAGACAGGAAUUAGUGUACGCCAUCAAAAAAAAUUGUCACUGGAUGCCCAACGAUUCCCGAGAAGAGGCGCUGGGAAAUAUGAUAAUCCAUUGGGUAAAUAUACAUCAUCAUGCUUAGGAAGUUCAGACUAUUGCAUUAUUCUAUGAUCAAUGGAUUGAUGCGUCCAAAUAGAAUGGGACAUUUCCUUUCCUGGUAACACAUCUAAUAAGUAUAUGUCAUGGCGAGCAGUUAUAUCAUGCCCAAACUAAGGAGGCAUGUAGGUACCAUCCUACCAGAGUGGCCAACCUAUGCCAAUAAUAAGAGGUAAAAAAGAUAUAUAGAACAUGAUGAAAAAAACCCAGGUAAAACAAUUGUGAAAAUUGUCCAAAACUUGCUUUAGAGAUGUUUUGCUUGAUAGCGUAGGUCUGUUAAGUGUUACAACCGCGUGAAUUUCAGGGACUUUUAAAGUGCAUUUAAGGAUGUCUGGUACAUAGGUGGCUGCAGAAUUCAUUCAUUUCCUUUGAAUGAUACCUUAAUCUGAUUGUGAACUGAUUGAUCGCUAGGAUGGCAACAUUCUGUCUGAGCAUUCUUGCAGAUAGAUUCCUUGUUUUUCUUAUUUGUCUGUCUGGAACCAAUGUUUGCUAUAUGUUUUAGGUUUUCAUGCAACUUACAUGAUUUUAUACAGGGGGUCCAAGCCCGGCUGGGCAAGCUGCAGGUGGUUUUAGUUUUCCAUCAACACAGCCAAGCCCUUUUGGCGCCACUAGUACAUUUGGUCAGACGCCUGCAUUCUCUAGUGCGGCCACCAGUCCCUUCGGUCAAAAGCCAGCCUUUGGAUCUACUGGCUUUGGUGCCUCAUCAACACCGGCAUUCAGCUCGCCAUUUGGUGUAUCCUCAUCGAGCCCAUUUGGUGUAUCCACAGCUGCUUCUACUGCCCCAUCUCUUUUUGGAGGUUCCACUCCUGCCUUCGGCGCCACUUCCACUCCUCCAUUCGGUGCCAGUUCAACUCCUGCAUUUGGUGCGAGUUCAACUCCUGCAUUUGGUGCUAGUUCCUUUCCUGCAUUUGGUGGGAGCUCAACUCCAGCAUUCGGUGCUAGUUCCACUCCAGCAUUUGGAGCUAGCUCGACUCCUGCAUUUGGUGCCGGCUCUACUCCGCUUUUUGGUGGAUCAGUUACAUCUGCUUUUGGUUCUUCGCCAUUUGGUUCUUCUGCUGUGGGAACGACGCCGGCAUUUGGCUCUAGCUUGCCUUUUGGUGGUACUCAACCGUCUGGACUGUUCCAGUCUUCUCCGUCUUUUGGACAGACACCAUCGCUUUUUGGACAGGCGAGUAGUGGAUUUGGACAGACAAGCUCUGUUUUUGGUUCAAGUAUCUUUGGUGCCCCGUCAACUGGGUUUGGAGGGGGCUUAUUCAGCAGUUCAACAUCAUCACUCAUUCCUUCUUCCAGUCCUUUGGGUUUCAGCCAAGCACCUGUAAGUAACACUUGAGAAUAGUGAAAUUUGUGUGCUGCUUUUAUCUUCUACUUGUCUUAGUUGUUUUUAUCUUUUUCUAAAUGAUGGAAUUGCAUUUAGUUCCCACUGCGAGCUAGUCUUGCAUGAGAAUGCUCUCUGAAGUUAAACAGCGUUAAUUCAUGUCCAUCGACAGGCUUCUCUCUCAAGCCCUUUCCAGCUAGCUGCUCCACCUCAGACAUCGGGUGCUAUUUCAUUUGGUGGCUUUGGUCAACCACAACCAGGUAUUUUGAAUUUCACUUUAUAUUUUAUCCGUAUUUUUUAAAAUUUGCAGUCAUUUGAUUUAUCUCUGUGGUACAUUUUUCAGGCACAAGUGGCUUUGGCGGUGGUCAGGGCAUCUUUGGGGCAUCGUAAGUAUGGAUUCCUUUCCUGUUCAUGGUGUGCGAUUUUUACCAAGGAGAAGGAUAAUAUUUGACAUGGAACCAAUAUGUUCAGUAUUACUGUCCAAUCUAAUAACAUUUUGGAAUUUCAUUGACGACCAAAUAAGUGUUAUUAUAUAACUCAUUUGUUGAACUUCUGAAGAUUCUCUCUCUCUCUCUCUCUCUCUCUCUCUCUCUCUCUCUCUCUCUCUCUCUCUCUCUCUCUCUCUUUGGUGAUUAAAAUAAUAUUUUUACAACAUGGAAUUGUGACUUCGAAUUCUAGUGGUUUACUUUGUGGUUCCUUGUGUCCAUUUUAUAGCGCUGUUCUUCAGCCUGGUGUCGCGAUGCAACCUUCUCCCCUUGCAAGUCCAUUUGGUAUGCUUCCGAGUGUGCCUCAGAUGUCCAUUGGCCGAGGUGGCUCUGCUCCUUCUGUUCAAUAUGGAAUUUCUAGCAUGCCCGUAAGUGCCAGGCUCUCCUGUAUUCCAUCUACGUUGUUGUUUUGAUCAGUUAUUUUCUGUGCUUUUUUAUUCCUUUCUUCAGCCAGACCUAUGAUUCUGGUUAUCGUUGAACUUGACCAUUCUUUGCCAUUCCCAGAACUGCUGCAUAGACCUUCUUACUAAGCAAGGAAGUGCAAUUUUGUUUAUUAACAGGUUUCUGAAAGGCCUGCUCCCAUGAGAAUUUCGUCGUUGUUAACCCCUAGACAUUUGACCCAGAGAAGGAUCAAGUUGCCUCCGAGGAAAUAUCAUCCUAAAACUGAUGGGCCAUUGGUGAGUACUCUUGCAGUCAAGUUGAAGUUUGGACAGAACAGUUUAACCGUUUUUUUAAAGGAUAAAAAUCUCACUUUGACAAUAUGCAGGUGCCAUUCUUCAGCGAAGAUGAAGAAACAACAUCUACGCCGAAGGCAGAUGCUUUUUUCAUUCCUAGAGAGAAUCCGAGAGCCUUGAUUGUCCAUCCAAUCGAGAAAUGGCCUCCGCGGACUGCCACAGAGAAGCAGUCUGUGUCAAAAGAUGAUUCCAUUCGAGUCCAUGAAAAUGGUAAGUCUUAUCAGAUGCACCGUCCCGUUAUGAUCUUGACAAUGACUGACGAUUGCUCGUGAUUUUGUCUAUCUUUGAUGUCUAGUUCAGUUGUUCGCUCACAUGUGGGAUCAUUAGAUACCUACCUACUUUUCUGUAGACCACUGUCCAAUUUUCACUGUUCGUGAAAUCUUUAAGAAACCUCAAGAGUUUCUUUACAAGCACUUGCCCUUGACCUCUAAUGCCCACGUUCUAGACAUGCGAAAGACAUCCAUGUUGGCCCAUAUGAUUAAUGAUGAUGAUAAUCUGCCUUCAGGGAGGAUCCAUAUUAAGAUUUAUUACUUCGAUUAAAGAUGACCACUUUCUAGAAUUUUGAAGCUGAGCAAAAAGUUUUGGAUAUUAAUUGCAGAAGGGCACUUCGAAGGUGUAGAAAAUUAAAUAAAAAAAUGAAAUUGAAAUAUUUGAUUUACAAAAACGGAAUACUGGUGGAAGAUUAUCUCUCUGAUCCAUGACAUUAAUUGGUGGCUCCAUUUUUACCUGUGGAUGUCUUUGUGAAUUAUGGACAGUAUUAUUUUCCUAGUCUUUCAUAUUUUUGAUGCUGGAGCAUGUCAAGAUUUUACUUGAGCCAUGUACUCCCCCAGGUAUAUAUAACUGGUGAUUACAAUGGGCCUUUGAAGGCUCCAUUGGAAGCUUCAUGAACGUGCUAGGGAGAUGAAUUAUAUUACAUUAUUACAUGAUCAACUCCGUCUUCAAAAUUAAAGGGUUAUUUGGUGGUCUAUACCUCUGAAAUCGCAUUGCUUUUUUUCAGGUAAAUCCACGGGGGAGCCAUCUACUCCUGCUAGAGACGGGUCUACUGCAGAAGACUAUACUGGUACGUUCCUUUUAUGUAUAUUUAUAUAAAUCUUUGUGUGCACAUAUUUUGUGUUUGAGAUCUUGAUGACGCCUUUCUAGUUGCAUAUGCAGCAUAGGCUUUGCUUUAUGAAGAAAAGUGGAUUUUCCAUGUAUUACUGAGACACUUGGAAGCAAAGAUUGAAAACAUAGCCAAGAUUUUUUAUGCAUCUCCCAGGAGCAAUGACUUGAAAAUGCCCUCUUAUCUAAUACAUUUUUUUUUUUAAAAUGAAAAUUUAAAAUACCACAUGUUCCAUUUUCAUCAACUGUAGCCCAUUUGGUGCCAGUUGUGAUCGAAACCAGGGCCUAAUUUUUGGUGUCAUUUGUGUUCCCCGACUUUUCCAAUUAUACCGUGCUUUCACUAACAAUCUUGCUACGUAAGGAAUUUAGAUCAGUAGCUGUCGUUAUUAUUUGAUUAAACCAAUUAUAUAAUGUUUUGAAGAUGGCCCGGAUUAUGAAAUCUCCAAACCCAGUUUUUUUUUUUUUUUUUUUUUUCCUCUUCUUCCACUUUUUCUUGUUCUCUUUGUGAAGUGGGCAAGAAGGUUCGCAUGAGCUUGCUACCUUCCACUCAUCAUGUAUGGCUUUAGCCAUCUCUCUCUCUCUCUCUCUCUAGAUAUAUAUAUAUAUAUAUAUGUAUGUAUAUAUGUACGCAGCAAUCAAUUGUCUGUUCAUACCCCCCCACAUAAUAAACCAGUUUCCCCUUUUGUUUUCCUUUGGACUUCUCCAUAACAACUUCAUUGUUUCUGCUGACAUUACCCAAAUCACCGUUUUUGUGAAUCCAAAGCCGCUCAGGUUGAGAACGGCCGCGGUAGAAGGGGUCCUGGCGACCAUCCCCACAACGGCGGAGAAUCCUCCAAUGGGUCAGCCCCCCGGCACAGUGCGGCUGAGGCGGCGGCGGCAGGAGCAGCAGCAUCAGCCGUUGACAUUGAAUCCAUCCUGCCGAGGCUUCGCCACCCCGAGUACUACACCGAGCCCCAGCUCCAGGAACUCGCCGCCAAGGAGAGGGCCAACCCGGGAUUCUGCUCCCGCGUGAAGAACUUCGUGGUCGGGCGGCGCGGCUACGGCAGCAUCAAAUUCGACGGAGAGACGGACGUGAGGGGGCUCGACCUGGAGGCCAUCGUGGAGUUCAACAGCCGCGAGGUGGUGGUGUAUGGGGACGAGGUGAGGAAGCCGCCGGUGGGGAAGGGGCUGAACCGCCCCGCAGAGGUGACGCUGCUGAACGUGCGGUGCGCCAACAGAAAGACCGGGGAGGUGUACACAGAGGGGCCCAAGGUGGAGAGGUACGAGGAGAUGCUGAGGAAGAAGGUCAGGGAGCAGGGUGCGGAGUUCGUCUCCUUUGAUGCGGGCAAGGGUGAGUGGAAGUUCAGGGUGGACCAUUUCAGCCGGUAUCACCUCCUCGACGACGACGAACAAGAAGAGGACGAAAAGGAAAAGGAGCAGGAAGGGGUUCUGAGUUGUUGA